GUGCAGUUGAUGCAAGUAAACGUUCACGUUAUGAAGGGAUUCUUAAAAACAUGUGAUACGCGUUUUUUUCUUUCUUUUCCCUUAUUCUGGCAGUCUUUUGCCACGUGAUACGGAAGUGCUUGCAAUAGACAAGUAUUGUCCGUCAAGUAUCCAGCAACUUAUUCGAAAUCAUUUGGUGUAGUUAUCAUACAUAUUAUUUAAUGUUUAAGAGAGUACAGUAUUGUUUAUCGAUAAGAUUUUAUACAUGUUAACAGACAAUUUUUUUCCAUUUUUUUCUGUUGUGGACACCCAGUCCAAAGUUGUUUCCUUUUCUCGUCGAGGUUCUUUUAUGCUGCGCAUAUGAAAUACAAACAAGAGAUUAACCUAAGGUGAAAAUUACGUUUUCUUAAUAAAAAUAAAACAUGUCCGAAUCAGAGGGAAGUAAUUUUUCCGAUAAUGAAAGUGAUCGUGGGGGUGGAGGUAGUGAAAGCGAUCAAGAUGAAAAUCGUAGUAUUUCAUGCAGUAGAAGCCCUUCCAGAUCACCUUCGAGAAGUCCCUCUAGGUCUCGAUCACGGUCAAAAUCAGGAUCAGGGUCAGAAGAUGAAGAUGCAAAAGCUGAUGAAGCUGAGGAAGUUAAAUCUGGUGAUGAAGAAGCAGUGGAACCAGAAGAAGAACCAGAAGGUGAAGAUCUGGAUGGCAGUAGCGAGUAUGAUGAAGAGGAAGAGGAAGAAGACGAUGAUAGACCUAGGAAGAAAAAAAAGAAAGAUAGAUUUGGUGGAUUUAUCAUUGAUGAGGCUGAAGUAGAUGAUGAAGUUGAAGAUGACGAAGAGUGGGAAGAAGGAGCUCAAGAAAUUGGCAUUGUAGGGAAUGAAGUAGAUGAAUUAGGACCUACUGCAAGGGAAAUUGAAGGAAGACGGAGAGGUACUAAUCUAUGGGACUCUCAAAAAGAAGAUGAAAUAGAAGAAUAUUUGAGGAAAAAGUAUGCAGAUGAGUCUGCAGCUGCUCGACACUUUGGUGAUGGAGGUGAAGAGAUGAGCGAUGAAAUUACUCAACAAACUUUACUUCCUGGAGUUAAAGAUCCAAAUCUCUGGAUGAUAAAAUGCCGUAUUGGAGAAGAAAGAGCAACUGUACUUUUAUUAAUGCGGAAAUUUAUUACAUAUCAGUUUUCUGGAGAACCACUUCAAAUCAAGUCAGUUGUUGUACCUGAAGGUGUAAAAGGUUAUAUUUAUAUAGAAGCUUACAAACAACCACACAUAAAAGCUGCUAUUGAAAAUGUAGGAAAUUUAAGAAUGGGUAUAUGGAAACAGCAGAUGGUACCAAUUAAAGAAAUGACUGAUGUAUUAAGAGUUGUGAAAGAACAAACAGGAUUAAAGGCUAAACAGUGGGUCAGAUUGAAAAGAGGAAUUUAUAAAGAUGAUAUAGCACAGGUAGAUUAUGUUGACUUAGCACAAAAUCAAGUGCACUUAAAGUUACUGCCAAGAAUAGAUUACACCCGGCCCCGUGGUGCUUUAAGAACGGCACAAAGCGAAUCUGAAGCUUUAAAGAGAAAAAAAAAGAGAAGACCACCUGCUAAACCAUUCGAUCCCGAAGCCAUUCGAGCUAUCGGAGGAGAAGUUACUAGCGAUGGAGAUUUUUUAAUUUUUGAAGGCAAUAGGUAUAGUAGAAAGGGAUUUCUUUAUAAAAAUUUCACUACAAGUGCUAUUAUAGCAGAAGGUGUAAAGCCAACUCUUUCCGAGUUAGAGAGAUUUGAGGAAGCACCCGAGGGCAUCGAGAUAGAUUUAAGUGGAACUCCAACAACAGGAGUACCUGCUGGAAAAGAGGAUCAAGGAGUGGUACAUUCCUUCAGUAAUGGAGAUAAUGUAGAAGUAUGCGAAGGUGAAUUGAUAAACUUGCAAGGCAAGAUCGUUUCGAUAGAUGGAAACAUGAUAAUGGUCAUGCCAAAACACGAAGAGCUAAAGGAGGCUUUAGAAUUUCAAUCAACAGAAUUAAGAAAACAUUUUACAAUGGGUGAUCAUGUGAAAGUAGUAGCGGGACGAUACGAAGGUGACACAGGUUUAAUCGUUAGAGUCGAACAAAACAGAAUAGUUUUGUUUUCUGAUUUAUCGAUGCAUGAACUGGAAGUUCUUCCAAGAGAUUUACAAUUAUGUUCGGAUAUGGCAACUGGUGUCGAUAGUUUAGGCCAGUUUCAAUGGGGUGAUUUAGUUCAACUUGAUGCUCAAACGGUCGGUGUUAUAGUUCGUCUUGAGCGUGAAAAUUUUCAUAUUCUUUCUAUGCAUGGCAAAGUGAUUGAAGCUAGACCACAAGGACUUACGAAGCGUCGAGAGAAUAGAAAUGCGGUAGCUUUGGACUCUCAACAAAAUCCUAUACAAAAAAAAGAUAUUGUCAAAGUAGUUGAUGGGCCACACGCAGGAAGAGGUGGUGAAAUAAAACAUCUUUAUAGAAGUUUUGCAUUUUUACAUUCAAGAAUGUUUGUUGAUAAUGGAGGCAUAUUCGUUUGUAAAACGAGACAUCUACAACUUUCUGGUGGGAACAAAUCAGCUAUUACAUCUAUAUCUCCAAUCUCAGGUUUCAUGUCACCAAGAAUUGCUUCACCAAUGCAUCCGAGCGGAGGAGGUAUGGGACGAGGAGGAGGUGGCGGUGGUAGAGGUAGAGGUCGCGGUGGAGGUAUAAGGAGAGACAGAGAGUUAAUAGGAACGACUAUAAAAAUAACUGGCGGACCGUAUAAAGGAAACGUAGGCAUAGUUAAAGAUGCUACAGAAACUACUGCGCGUGUAGAACUACAUUCGACGUGUCAAACGAUAUCCGUGGACAGAUCUCACAUUGCAAACGUUGGAGUACCGACAAAAGACGGUGGUUUCAGCAGUUACAGUCGUACACCAGCGUACACGGCUGGUGGACAAACACCAAUGUACGCGAGAGAUGGAUCCAAAACUCCUAUGCAUGGAUCUCAGACGCCUAUGUACGAAAAUGGAUCACGUACUCCUCAUUAUGGUUCUAUGACGCCAUCUCAUGAUGGUUCACGGACACCUGGUCAGUCAGGUGCUUGGGAUCCUACAGUCACUAAUACACCAGCAAGAACAAACGACUUCGAUGGUUACAAUAUGGAAGAAGCUGGUUCACCUGGAUAUGGACCUGGCUAUCCUCCUACCGGUGGUCCAUUUACUCCUCAAACACCUGGUACUAUGUAUGGAUCCGAACAAAGUUUCAGCUCAUAUCAACCUAGUCCAAGUCCUGCGGGAAGUACGACUGCGAGUCCAAGUCCUGCAGGCUAUGUCGCUACACCGUCUCCAAAUGGGACUGGAUAUACUACAAGUCCUCAUGGAGCAUUUGCUACUCCAUCACCAAUGGGUUAUAGUCCCAUGACACCAGGAGUCCCUGGAAGUCCGUAUAAUCCUCAAACUCCUGGUGCAGGUUUAGAUACUGGAGUUACGUCGGGAAUCAUCAAUCACACCGAAUGGCACACAACAGACAUAGAAGUACGUAUUCGGGGUUCUCAUCCAGAUCCUGCACUUGCAGGACAGCAAGGUGUUAUACGAGGAAUUUCUGCCGGUAUGUGUGCUGUGUUUCUACCUGUGGAAGACAGAGUCGUAAAUUUGGUCUGCGAUCAAUUGGAACCAGUAGUACCUUCGAGAGGUGACCGAGUGAAAGUUAUUAUAGGCGAAGAGCGAGAAGCCAUAGGUACAUUACUUUCGAUCGACAAUCAAGAAGGUGUCGUGAAAUUGAAUACUGACGAGGUAAAGAUGUUGCAUUUACGAUUCUUGUGUAAAAUGAAAUCCUCGUAAUUCUUUCGUUUGUCUCUAUACGUUUGUAAAUUAUACAUACUUAAAAAUAUUUCUUGUUAUAAAGAUAGAACAUAUAAUUGAAUCAUUAAAAGUAUAUUUAUAAUUUCUGAUA